GAUAUCAUUUGCAGGCUUGCUCCUCCGGCCGGGAUUUCACGUCAUUUAUUUUGCCGGGUGUGUGUGGGGAUUUUCUUUGUAGCCUGCGGUGGACGACCCCUGGGUCACGUGACGCGGGGAGCGCGCCCUACACCUCGCAGCCUACUUCGAGUUCGUUCUAACCAGUCUAGCGAGCCGGUCACGUGACGGUCGCCCGGAGUAACACCGCCGAAGCCGAGCGCAGAUUCGUAGCCUCAUGGCGACCUCGACUCCCACAGCCCCUCGGCAGUCUAGCCGACGAAGCAGCAUGAGUACCCCGCUCAGCCCGACACGCAUCACCCGUCUGCAGGAGAAAGAAGAUCUGCGACACCUCAACGACCGCCUGGCCGUCUACAUCGACAAGGUGCGCAGCCUGGAGAGCGAAAACAGCGUGCUGCAGCUUCAGGUGACCGAGCGGGAGGAGGUGAGGAGCCGGGAGGUGACCGGGAUCAAAGCGCUCUAUGAUAACGAGCUGGCCGACGCCAGGAGGAUCCUGGACGAAACGGCUCAUGAGAGAGCCAAGCUGCAGAUAGAGCUGGGCAAGCUGAGGGGGGACUACGACCAGCUACAGUCCAGUUUCUCCAAGAAAGAAGCAGAUUAUAAAGCACUUCAAGCAAAGUUCCGUGAUAAUGAAUCCCUUCUGUACUCUGCGGAUGCUGCUCGUGUCACAGCAGAAAGUGAAAAGAAAAAUCUGGAGCUGGAAGUGGAAGGCCUCAGAGCAGAGAUUGAACAUUUUGAAUCUGCUCUGGCAAAAUUAAAGGCACACCUUGGGGAAGAGGCACUGCAGAAAGUGGAGCUUGAGAACCGGUGCCAAUCUCUGACUGAGGAGCUUGAGUUCCGUAAAAACAUCUACGAGGAGGAAAUCAAGGAGACAAGAAAACGUCAGGAGACCCGCUUGGUUGAAGUGGAUACUGGUCGAGUUAUUGAUUAUGAGCACAGACUUGCCCAAGCUCUGACUGAAAUGAGAGCACAGCAUGAAGAACAAGUCAAGAUUUAUAAAGAGGAGCUUGAGCAUACCUUUCACGCUAAGCUGGAGAAUGCUAGACAGUCAUCUGAGAUGAACAGCUCCACAGCCAACAGCACACGAGAGGAGCUCAUGGAGAGUCGUCUACGUAUUGAUAGCCUUACAAGCCAACUUUCAGACUUGCAGAAAGAGUCUAGAGCAUGGUAUGAUCGUAUGCAAGAGCUAGAGGAGUUGCUGGCUAAAGAGAGGGACUCCUGUCGUCGCAUGCUGUCGGAGAGAGAGCGAGAGUUGGCUGAAAUAAGAGAUCAAAUGCAGCACCAGCUUUCUGAAUAUGAGCAACUUUUAGAUGUGAAGCUGGCUCUGGACAUGGAGAUCAGUGCCUACAGGAAGCUGCUGGAGGGUGAAGAGGAAAGACUACAACUUUCUCCAAGUCCUACCUCCCGUGUGACAGUUUCUCGGGCCUCUUCAAGUCGUGCUGUGCGAACAACUAGAGGAAAAAGGAAGAGGGUUGAUGUGGAGGAGUCUGAAGCAAGCAGCAGCGUCAGCAUUGCACACUCUGCCUCUGCCACUGGGAAUGUGUCUCUUGAAGAGUUGGACGUGGAUGGAAAAUUUAUCAGACUGAAGAACAAUGCAGAUGAAGAUCAACCAUUGGGAGGCUGGGAAAUUACUAGAACCAUUCGAGACACAUCUGUGAAUUACAAGUUUACCUCAAGAUAUGUGCUUAAAGCAGGCCAGACUGUUACAAUUUGGGCUGCUAAUGCUGGUGUUCCUGCAAGUCCCCCAACUGACCUCAUCUGGAAGAACCAGAACUCUUGGAGCACUGGUGAAGAUGUAAAGGUUGUGUUGAGAAAUUCUCAGGGAGAGGAAGUGGCUCAGAGAACCACUGUCUUUACAACCACUGUACCAGAAGACGAGGUAGAUGAAGAGCCAGAAGAGGUCCAGGAAGUCCUUUAUCAGAAGGAGACAAGACAGCGUCGGCAGGCUCCAGAAAACAGAAGCUGUGCUGUGAUGUAGAACAAGCCGGUGUGAUUCCAGAAUCCACAGAUCUGAGCCUUUUUUGGGAACAUCCUAUUCUGGCAGUGUACACGUUUCAAAAGUAGAAAAUGCCUAAGCUGAUGGCCUUAUUUUUGUAUUUUAAAUUCUUGGGCACAGUCUUUUUUUUAAAUAUUUGGGUAAAAUGUGAAGUGACUAGUAUGUACACUGUAAGGUCCUGAAUCAUUCAGGGAUAAAUUGAUUAACUGUGAAGGCCACACAUCUGUCAUCCGCCAGUCCUCAGCAAUUACUUAAAAGGUGCUGUACAUUUGGAGGCAUGUAAUGUUCGUGCUUCUACCUUUUUUGUACUGAAUCUUUAUUUUCUGCUAUGAAAUUGAGAUUUUAAACCAUUUUAUCCUUCGGCUUUGUUGCAAGGCGUUAUUUGUAUCAUGUGAAAAAUCCAGCUGUUUUUAUUGGGAACUUUUUAGUUUAGUGUGGUGGGUGGGUAAUAUUUUAGCCAUUUUAAAUAUGAA